AUGUUUAGAUACUUCAAAGAAAGUGGAAAGGAAAGUAUAGUGCUAAAUGCAUUCGUGAGAAUCCUUACUACCAUAACAUAUGCUCUAAACUCCUUUCAGAUUGGAAUUGUUGGGCGAACUGGUGCAGGUAAAAGUUCUUUGCUUCGAGCGUUAUUUCGCCUUACCGAACCUGAAGGUCAAAUAUUUAUUGAUGGCGUUGAUACCAAAACAAUAAGUUUAAGAGAUUUACGUAAACGAAUUUCAAUAAUUCCUCAGGACCCUGUUUUGUUCUUAGGAUCUUUGAGGCGGAAUCUGGACCCCUUUUCCGAAUAUUCUGACGAAAAUUUAUGGAACGUUAUUGAUGCAGUUGAAUUAAAAAAUGUUGUGAGCGAUUUGCCGACUGGCCUAGAAACAGAAAUGCACGAAGGUGGAGUUAAUUUUUCAGUCGGUCAAAGGCAGUUGAUAUGCUUAGCACGAGCCCUUCUACGCCAUUCAAAAAUAAUCGUUAUUGAUGAAGCUACUGCAAAUGUUGAUCGAAAGCAAGUUUCAAUAUUUUUUGUUGUAUUUACAUUAACUGAUGCACUUAUACAAUCAACGAUAAAGAAUCGAUUCGUUGAAUCAACUGUAUUGACUAUCGCUCAUCGUCUAAACACCAUUAUGGAUUCUGAUCGUGUUAUGGUAUUAUCAUAUGGGGAACUUAUCGAAUUUGAUCACCCACAUGUUCUUCUUAAACAAAAAAAUAGUAUGUUCGGAACGCUAGUUGCCGAAACUGGUCGAGAAAAUGCAGAAUUAUUGAAACAGCUUGCUUAUACGUCGUACAUAUCGAAACAUUGA